GUUGUUUAUUCGAGAACCGAAAUGGGUAUAAUUUAUGUUAGGCCAAUUUUCAAAAUUCAUUAUCAGUGAAGUGUGAACACAAUCUUUUUUUUCAACAUAUAGUUCUUCAUUUAUACUGUAUCUGAAAUGACAAGGCAACAGUAAUUAUUUUGUGUUAUUAAUUGAUAGUGUGCAAAAAAAUAUUCGUUUUUAACCAAAUGCUUAGAGACAGGUAGGAGUUGAUGAUAUAGUUGUUUGGAGAUUUUGAAUAUUAAUGGCAAAAUGUCAAGUUGUGGAGGUGGUGAUAUUGCUAUAAUCCCCCCAAAAUUAAGCUUAACUCCAAAAGGAACCCCUACUUGUAGUCCUCAACUUCCACCAAAGCUGGAAGUUUCCUUAGAACAACAGAGUUCUGAUAAUAGAGAACUGAACAGUGGUUUACCUGAAGAUCCUGUAAAUGAUGGCUUGGAUGGAAAGUCUCCUAACACAGACAUAAACCAUCAGGAAGUGGUGGUCAAGAAUGAUGUGAACCAAAUAGUUAGUACAAAAGAGAAAAAGAAGAAGAAGUCAUCUUGGUUCAAUACCUUUUACCCUACUUACAAAUCUAGGUCCGAAGACUUCAAGAGAAUCUUUAAGGAUGUACCAGAUGAUGAACGUUUAGUAGUAGAUUAUUCGUGCGCCGUCCAGAAAGAAAUCCUAGUGCACGGACGUCUGUACGUAACCCAGAACUACCUCUGUUUCUACGCAAACAUCUUCGGAUGGGAGACCAACAUCGUACUUAGGUGGAAAGAUGUCACGGCCAUAACAAAAGAAAAGACGGCCCUUGUCAUCCCCAACGCUGUUUUGAUCUCGACGAAAACGGAAAAGUUCUUCUUCACCAGCUUCGUGGCCAGAGAUAAGGUGUAUCUGAUGCUGUUCAGGGUUUGGCAGAAUGCGUUGAUGGAUCGUCAGAUGAGCAAUCAGGAGAUGUGGCAAUGGGUACAUCAGUCUUACGGUGCAGAGCUUGGACUAACUAGUGACGACGAAGAUUACAUAGCACCAGGUACAGAAGAAAUCAAAACCACAAAAGCAUCCUCCGAGUCUCUUCUGGAGGAGAACAAAAUCUCAUCAGCAACCAAAGAAAAGAUGGUAGAUGAAGGAAAUAAUGGAAACAGCCAUAAUAAUAGUACAAAUUCCAAAAAAAGUUCAGAAGCACACGAUUCCAUUGAUGAUGACUCUGACUUUUCGGAUUUAGAUAUUCCAGCUCAAUGUGAUAUACAAGAUAUUUCUUGUACUUGUUCGCACGAAGGUCGCCAGCUACUUAACGAAAUACUGCCAAUUAAUGUGGAUCAAUUGUUUACCUUACUUUUUACCAGUUCAAAAUUUUACUUAGAUUUUCACGCUUUUCGCAAAACCACUGAUUUAGUUCAAACCCCCUGGACGCCAGAACCCAAAGACAAUACAAAAAUCAGGAAAGUGAACCAGACCGUCAAUCUUACCCAGGCCCUAGGCCCCAAAACAUCUCAAGUCACCGAAAUACAGAUAAUGCUGCCAUGUAGCAAGCCUGGUCUCCUGUACUCCAUCAACUCUGAGAGUAUCAGCGGUGGAGUACCCUAUGGAGACAGUUUCGUCAUCGAAGUACACUAUUGCCUGAAGAAAGUUUCCGAUAAGCAAUCCUCUCUGACGGUGAACGCACAAGUAAAGUUUAAGAAGUCGGUGUGGGGUCUUGUAAAAGGGAUGAUCGAGAAAAACUGCUGGUCAGGUUUAGAAGAUUAUUUCGUACAGUUACUUAAAGCGCUUAAGACAGAAGCUGAGGAAAUGGUGCCGGAUAUUAAAAGGAAAGUGAAGAAGAAGAGGAAAUUGCAUUCUACACCCAGAGCGACAACUCCUGUUGGCUUAUCAGAAGCUUCCAUCCACUCCAGUACUACCUCAACAAGUUUAGUGACACUGGAGAAGCCUACGAUUUUCAUUUUUGUGUUGAUCAUUCUGUUAUUCGUCUUGAAUGUGUUCUUGUUGAUGAAACUUUGGACACUGGAAGAGGAAAAACCGCCAAGUUAUCUGUUCAACAUUCAUUCGAUGAAGAAGCCGCCAACUACAAACGAUGAGUGGCUUAGUUUACUGAAGGUGCAAGAUAACAUACAUAGUAAAGAAAUCAAAAGGUGGCAAGAGCUUUUGAGUGAGGCACUGGAUUCACUGAAAAAGACCAACUACAUUUUAUCAACCCUGCAAAAAGCGACAGCUGGAAAGCCGAUGGAGAACGUUGAAAACAAAGAAUUUUCACCUACACCCGAACCAAUCAAAAACAUGGAAUUAUAAUGAAAUGUAAUUCGAGCUUGUUCGAGGAUGGAUAUCUAUCAUAUAGAUGAAAAAUAUAGAUUUCUAUUUCAUCAAUAUGAUUUUAGAUAUUGCACGAAUUCUACGCUUACGAUGAGAGUUGGAGAAAUUGAUAUUGGUCGUUAAGAUAUCGAGAAUAUUUUCGCACUUUAGUUCCUACUUUAGCAUUUCCAUCUAUUCGAGACAUAUGUAGAGAGUGAUUGUGAAAAUUAUGCCCUAUCACUUGUCAGUUGGAGAAACGGGCAAAUAUCGAGUGAAAUCGAACAAUUUUUGAGAACGAAAGUUUCUAACUAGUCUGUUUUGUUGUAGAUAAUAUUUACAGAAAUAACCGAUAAUUCAACUUUUGUUUACUGAAGAAACGAUUCAUUUUCUUGUGUUGAAAAUUUUAUAUGAUAUAACUUAGAAUUUGCCUGUUUUUAAAAUUCUCGUCUAAAAGAAUUUUGCACUCCUCUGCAUGUUAAUAAAGCAGACUCUUGCAAGGAAGCUUCUUUAUGAUUUUAAAGGGGCUUUGAAAACAAUUAUUUCAAUUUUAAUGUGAUAACAAGUAGUGACGAAUUUUAUGUGAUUAUUUGUUAUACAAAUUAUGUAGAGUGGUGGUUUUGAAAUAUUUUAAGGAAAAUUGUUUUUUCAUUUGUAUAACUAAAACGAAUAGUAUUAUAUUAUAUGAAAAUAGGGUAAGGAAAUUUUUUUGUUAAGUAUUUUAGAUUUUCUGUGUAUAUUUUAUUAAAAAUAGAUCUAUUAAAAUGAAUUUCAGUGUU